AUGACCAAAGCUGCCAAGUUCUGCGGCUUGCUGGGCGGGAACUUGGCCCCCUCCUUCAUUUCCUACGGUCUUCAGUCCACUACCACAGCCUACGGUCUUCAGUCCACUACCACAGCCUACGGGCUUCAGUCCACUACCACAGCCUACGGGCUUCAGUCCACUACCACAGCCUACGGUCUUCAGUCCACUACCACAGCCUACGGUCUUCAGUCCACUACCACAGCCUACGGGCUUCAGACCCACCUCCGGAUCCGAAGCCUCAUGGCCUGGCAGUGCCUGGCAGAGUUUCUGGGUGUAUUUGUGCUAAAUCUUCUUUCUCAGCAUUCUGUGGCCCACGCUGUCACCGGCGAAGAAAACAAAGGCGACUUCUUCACAAUGUUUCUGGCCAGCUCUCUGGCUGUUACAAUAGCUAUCUGCAUGGCAGGCAAAGUCGCAGGAGCCCACCUAAACCCAGCCUUCUCUCUGGCCAUGAGCUUGGUGGUCCUCCCCUGGGCCACGCUCCCCUAUUUGCUGCUUUGUGUAACUGUUGUCUGCUUCUGUGCCUCAGGAGCUCCCUGCAUUCUCUCCUGUGACGCCCUCCAGCACUACACAGGCGGGAACCUGACAGUGACUGGUCCCAAAGAGACAGCCUCCAUUUUUGCCGCCUACCCUUCCCCUUGUCUGUCCCUGACCAAUGGCUUCGUGGAUCAGGUUCUGGGCACCUGGACGCUGAUUGUGGGGCUGUCAGUGAUCCCAGACAGUCGGAAUAAAGCAGUGCCUGCAGGUCUGGAGCCUGUGGUGGUGGGACUGCUGAUCCUUGCCAUCGGACUACCCAGGGAUGCUAACUGUGGCUUUCUGCUCCACCCUGCCCAGGACCUGUGCCCACGGCUCUUCACAUACUUUGCUGCCUGGGGCCCUGAGGUCUUCGGGGCUGGUAAUGGCUGGUGGUGGGUGCCUGUGGUGGCUCCUAUGGUGGGACCCACCCUCAACACAGCCACAUACCAGCUCCUGGCGGCUCUGCACCUCCCUGAGGAUCCAGAGCCAGUUCAAAGGUGAGUAGCAGCUCAGCUUGAGACUUCAGACUUGGGAACUCCAGCUCAGCUGGAAUGUAAGCUGUGA